CCACCCGCAACGACCAGACCGGAGCGGCGGAGCCUACCCCUCCCCCGUCCACGUGCUCGACAGCUCAAUAGGAACGAUCAAGGCAGCAAUCCAGGUGACUCAUUAACGUGGCUUCCAGUUUUUUUCCUCUAAGAUGGAUUGCUGGCCCGCCGUCUCCGCUUCGAUUCCCACCGGCAUUGCUUGCAGGAACCUGGGAGCGUGGGCGCGGUCAGGAGGUGCUUCCUCGACGUCCUACACCUAUGCUGCGGGAUGGAGGAGGCUAGCAUGGAAGGCCCCGCCACCAGCAGCAGCCGCCCGGCCCCCGCGCCGGCGUCCAUGUCCCACGCCAGCUCCGAGGACGCCGACUUCUUCGACACCCACCACCAGGACGACGACGACGAUGACGACGACGACGACGGAGAGCACGGCCCGGGGACGUACAUGGCGUCGGAUAUCGCCGACCGCUUCGUCCGGGUCAUCGACGGCAAGGCGCACCGCGUCGACACCGCCGCGCCCAUCGACUCCGUCCGCGGCGCCGUCAGCAAGUUCGGCGGCAUCCUCGACUGGAGAGAGCGGCGGCAGCAGGUCGAGGAGGAGCUCGGCGGGGUGCAGGCGGAGGCCGCGGAGUACCAGCGCCGGACGCGGGAGGCGGACGCCGGCAGGGCGGAGGCGCAGCAGGACCUCAUGGGCGCCACCGGCGAGAUCGACGACCUCUGGCUCACCGUCAAGCGCGCGCAGAUCGCCGAGGCGCAGGCGCGCAAGGACUCGGAGCUCGCCAAGCUCCGCCUGCGCAAGCUGGAGAAGGGCGCCCGGGAGCGGGCGGCGGCCAAGGCCGAGCUCGAAUCCCUCCGGGACCGCCACGCUGCCGCGCUAGCCGACCUGCGCGCCACCAGGGCCGAGCUGGGCACGCUCAAGAAGGAGCGGGACGCCGUCGCGGAGGAGGCCAGCGCCGCGGCGGCGCGUGUGCGGGUCACUGCUGGCGAGGCGGUGCAGGUCGGCGAGGCCCUGCGGGAGGCCACCGCAGAGCUCGACGUGCUCAUGGCCGAGCUGGAGUCAGCCCGUGCCACCCACGACACGGCGGAGGAGAGGAGGAUGAGGCUGGCGCUGGCGUGGCGAGAGGAGAAGCUGCGGUUGCAGAACGAGCUGGAGCAGGGUGAGAUGGAGGUGCGGAGGUUGAGGGAUGAGCUGGUCGCGGCCGGCGACCUCCAGUCCAAGGUGUCCGCGGCUUCCGAGCAUCUCGCGAACCUCAGAGCCGAGCUGUUCGCACGCGCGGUCGAAGGGGCCAGCGAGGAGGAGGAUAAACAGACCCCGACGGCGAGAAGCACGCCGGUGAUGCUGGACAGCGCGAAGAAAGAGCUCGAGGAGGUGAAGGGAAACGUGGAGAAGGCCAAGGACGAGGCCAAGAUCCUGCACGUCGCCGCCGCGUCGCUGCGCGCGGACCUGGAGAGGGAGAAGGCGGAGCUCGACUCGCUACGGCGGAAGCAGAGCACGUCGUCGUCGGCGUCCAUCUCGUCGCUGGAGGAGGAGCUACGCCGGGUGACCACCGAGCUCGCCGCGGCGCAGGCAAGAGCAAGGGACAGCGGCGAGGAGAAGAAGAAGACGACGCCCGAACAACUAGACGAGGCACGGCGAGAGGCGGAGCAAGCCAAGGCGAGCGCACGGGCGACGCAGGAGGAAGUCGCCGCGGCCAGGGAAGACGCCCGCGUGGCCAGGGCCGCGGUCCAGGCGACGGAGGCGCGGCUGGAGGCCGUGAUGCGGGAGAUGCUCGCGGCGAAGGCGUCGGCUGAGACCGCCGCGGCCUCGGCGGACGCGCUGCUGCAGCAACAGGACACAACCAGGAGCGCGCAGAGCCAAGGCGGCGCCGUCCCCGAAGACUGCGUGGCAUUGACCACGGAGGAGUACGAGGAGCUGAGCCGGAGGGCGAGGGAGACGGAGGAGGCGGCCGGCGAGCGGGUGGACGAGGCGGUGAUGCACAUCAAGGAGGCCAAGGACGCGGAGACGCGGUGCCAGGAGAGGCUGGCGCAGCUGGAGAGGGAGACGGAGCAGAGGAGGCAGGCGCUGCGGGCGGCAACGGAGGAGGCCGAGCAGGCCGAGUCCGGGAAGCUGGCGGCGGAGCGCGAGCUCCGGCAGCUGCAGGCCGAGCAGCACCGGCGCGCGGGCAGCGGCGGCGAGAAGGCGUCGCCGCGCACGGGGCUGGCGGAGAUCUCGGCGUUCGAGGGCGGCGGCGACGCGCGUGGGAACCCGCACAUCCUGAGCCCGAGGGUCGGGUACAUGCCGAGGGCUGACAUGGCGGCCAUGUCGGCGGCGGAGGAGGCCGACGCGCGGCAGAGGAAGCCCUUCUUCCCGCGCAUGGUCAUGUUCUUGGCCAAGAAGAGAGCUCAGACAUGGAAUGGCAAGUGAUUCUUCAUCGAUCAUCUUCUUGCUCGGCGUCGGAUCAGCUUCGUUGCUGGCUGUGAUGAUGUUACUGAUACAUGAGACAUGUGUAAUGUGUAUUGAUCAAAGAGGUAGAUCAUGAGAUGAUCAUCAUAUACAAGUGAUUUUUGUAAAUGGUUUUUGGUCUAACAAAGAUGAUCAUGAGAUAUUUUGGCUCAGUGCUUU